CUGCGAAUUCUUGUUCUUGCUGAGUAGAUUCUUGCUCCUGUUCUUGUUCUUGUUCUACUUUCCUCUCUCUCUGAAUGCAUCACUCCGCAAUCGCUCCGAAACGCCCGCUCCUCUUCCAUGUGACCUUAUCCGAAAACCCUCCGCUCAGUCUCCCGAUUCCGCUGACCCCGUCUCUCGCCGCUCGGUGGCAUCCCCGCUCCGCUUCUUCCUUCUUCAGCUGCAGGGGCGACGGCGAUGCUCUCGCCGCCGCCAGGCUCCACCGCUCCGCUCCGCCCGGCUCAGCCACCGCCGGCUGCGGCGGCUGCUGCUUGAGCGACGUGAAGGUGCGCGGCAUUGUGGCCAAGGACGUCGAUGUCGCCACGCUCGGGAAUCUCUGCGUGGACAUCGUCCUCAACGUCCCUGCUCUGCCCCCGCCGUCUAAGGAGGAGAGGAGGGCUUAUAUGGAAGAGCUGUCUGCUUCUCCACCCGAUAAGCGAUACUGGGAAGCUGGAGGCAACUGCAAUACUGCUAUAGGAGCAGCAAGAUUGGGGCUCAACUGUACUGCAAUUGGUCAUGUGGGUAACGAAAUUUAUGGGAAGUUCCUCGUAGAUGUCCUUCAGGAUGAGGGCAUUCAUAUGGUUGGGAUUAAUGAAGAUGCCAAUGUGGACAACUCCAGUGCCUCGUAUGAAACACUUUUAUGCUGGGUUCUCGUGGAUCCAUUGCAAAGACAUGGAUUUUGCAGUCGAGCUGAUUUUAGAAAGGAACCUGCAUUCAGUUGGAUGAAUAAACUAUCUGCUGAAGUAAAGCUGGCUAUUACGCGGUCAAAGAUCUUAUUCUGCAACGGUUAUGGCUUUGAUGAACUGUUGCCUGAUUUAAUAACCUCAGCUCUAGAUUAUGCUGUCGAGGUUGGUACAUCAAUCUUUUUUGACCCCGGACCACGAGGAAAGAGCCUUUCCAAAGGAACACCAGAAGAACGUAGGGCACUUAGAAAGAUCCUGGAGAUGAGUGACGUUCUUCUUCUUACUUCUGAUGAGGCUGAGUCACUGACUGGAAUUAAUGACCCGAUUCUAGCUGGACAGGAGUUGCUAAAACAAGGUGUACGCAUGAAGUGGGUUGUCAUUAAAAUGGGUACUAGAGGUUCCAUCAUCAUCACAGGAUCAAGUAUAUCUUGUGCACCUGCAUUCAAGGUGAAUGUGGUCGACACUGUUGGUUGUGGAGAUAGUUUUGGAGCUGCUAUUGCCUAUGGUUUCAUCCAUAAUAUUCCUUUGAUGAACACAUUAGCACUCGCGAAUGCAGUUGGUGCUGCAACGGCUAUGGGUUGCGGCGCAGGCAGGAAUGUGGCAAAAUUAGAUCAGGCUAUAGAACUCAUGAAAGCUUCAAAUCUCAAUGAAGAUGACAAAUUUUGGAACUUAGUUCUCGGUGAGAAAAAGGAUUCUUGUGAAAUUAGCAUUCUUUCGAAGAUGGUCAUCAACGGGAAGAGUGCUCAGGUGAAUCGGGUACCCUUGCGAAAAGUGGUCUCUGAACUGCUGCCUGAGCUUGAGCCUGCACGGUCAAAGAGUUCAGUUACAUUUUGAUUGGAUCAUUGCAUU